UAUGAAAAGUAAAACAUUCUUUUAGCUCCCCUUUCGCUUGGAGCUCUGAGCCAUUCAUUUCCCCCAUUAAAAAGAUUCUACACAGCAAUAUUGCGUAUACUUCAAAGUUGGCCUUUGUAACAACAACAGUAAUAUCAUAAGGUAGACACAUAUGGAUUAAUUUUGCAAAAACAAAUCCACUACGUAGAGUUCGUGUGAGCUGCUGAAGAUUUUUAGUCAUAAAUAUUUAUAAUUUUAAUGUGGUGAUACACUGUUGUGGCAAGAUAAAUACUAGUAUAGUAUAGUAUUGGCAUAUUUUAAUUAUUAUUAGUCGUUGCGUAUUUAUCAUUUUCGCGAAACCAGUUGUGGUGUAUUAAGGGCAAUGAACUCUUGACCAUUGAGAUAUCAAAGAAAGCUGUUGAUCUUUUCGACCGGCCGAUCUUAGAGCUAUUGGUAUAAGCGCCGCCGGCAUUUUUUUAUAGUAUACCAAUACUACGAAUAGAUGGCUGCCUAAUCGUAAGAGGCAUACAAGAAUCACUGAUCGUUUUGAACCGCAAAUCUCAAAGUCAGCGAUUAUGUUACGAAAUGGCAAACGUAUAGUUAGGACAUACAAAACAGUUGCAAGUGUGAAUGCCAACGGAAGCUAUAGAUACCGCAUUAACUUUUGAAGCAAAGACUGUGCGCACGCCAUUGACGUGUCAAAAUUUUACGAGAAAUUUUAUAGAAUUGCAGUUAGGCGUAGUAUAAAAUAUUACCAUGGCGAAAAUGGUUCCAGACGUCGUAAUUUGCGGUUUUGUUAUUACCGCGCUCCUGGUGAUACACUUCUUUUCGGACAUUUUGCGCCUCUCUUUAGGCGGCUACUAUACACAUGCGACACUCUCGCAGCUCGUGGAGUCCCAUUCCAAUAAGGAGUAUUCUUGGUUGUUGAAACUGAUGGCCAAUUGUUUUGGCUAUAGUUGUGUUUUUGUACCUGGUUAUCUUAUUUACAAAUAUGUUGGAAGCACAAAAUACUUGGAACGGAGUGAGAAAACAUGCAUAUACACUGCGGUUAGCAUGUGCAUCACUGGCACUCCCGGCACUGAGCUCGACUACUCCGAAUCCAUGGAGCGCAAACCAAUGGAACCAUUGCCAUCAACAACUGGUGCAAAAACCCGUACGAAAUCUCAAGAGACUUUGCUGCUAGGCUGGUGUUUUGGUGGGCUUAUGAUCUCAUAUCUAACGUGGGGUGUGCUGCAGGAAAAAAUCAUGACACAACAAUAUUUCAAUUCCGAUGGUCAACCAUCACAUUUCAAAGACUCACAAUUUCUUGUCUUUUGCAAUCGUUUAUCUGCGUUUACAUGUGCUAUGGUCACAUUACGCCUUAAGCGUCCAGCCGGUCGUCAUUGUACACCACUCUAUAAGUACUCAUUUGCAUCUUUCUCGAAUAUAAUGAGUGCUUGGUUCCAAUAUGAAGCCCUCAAAUUUGUCAGCUUUCCCACGCAAGUGCUGGCGAAGGCAUGCAAAAUCAUACCUGUGAUGUUAAUGGGUAAAAUCAUAUCAAAAAACAAAUACGAUUGGUAUGAAUACGUAUCAGCUAUAUUGAUAUCAUUAGGAAUGAUAUUUUUCAUGACCGGUUCGGCAAGUGGCACCAAGGCGAGCAACGUGACCACAUUCACGGGCAUUUUUCUGCUCACCAUGUACUUAACUUGUGACAGCUUCACAGCGAAUUGGCAGGAUGACCUAUUCAAACACUAUGAAAUGUCAUCACUGCAAAUGAUGGCUGGUGUGAAUCUCUUCUCCACCAUAUUUACAGCGACAUCGCUAUGGGUACAAGGCGGUUUCAUGGAUUCACUGGCGUUUGCCAGUGAGCAUCCCAAAUUCAUAAUUGACGCACUCACAAUAUCAAUGUGCUCGGCUGUGGGUCAAUUAUUUAUUUUUUAUACAAUAUCAGUGUUUGGCGCAGUUGUAUUUACGAUCAUCAUGACAUUACGGCAGGCCUUUGCUAUAUUGCUUUCGUGUUUAAUCUACAAACACAAAAUAUCGGUACUGGGUAUUUUCGGCAUAUUGGUUGUGUUCUUUGCGGUCUUCAUGCGUUCCUAUGGCAAACAACGCAUGAAAGCCAUACGUAAGCGUGCGGAGGCGCAUAAGCCGAAAAUGGCAGCGUAGUUGGCACAGCUGGUUGUUGUACCCAGCGAAACGAGCGUUUGUAAUGGUUGUAGUGACGCUAGUGCGUAUGCCGGUAGCAUUACUUAACAAAAUGACGAGGCGCAAAUCUGCAUGAAACUAAGCUUUAAGUAAGCUAAUUUAAUUAGUUAACUCUUAUGGCACCGAAAGGGAGCGCAAAAUAUUACUCCUGACUGUUAUAACUUUACAUAAAAUUGUCACUUUCUUAAAUGUAUAAAUGUCUAAUAGCUUGCAACUUUUAAUUAUAUUCACUUUAUAAAUUGUUUAUAACGUACAAAUACAUAUACUGUAUAAA